AUGGCUGGACUCGCCACCAAAAUAUACCAGAAUGUGUUCCGGCGGACGUCCACCUUCGUGCUGGCCGCCGUGGUCGGCGCCUUCAUGGGCGGCCUGGUGUACGGGGGCGGCCUAGUGUACGGGGGCGGCCUGGUGUAUGGGGGCGGCCUGGUGGAUGGGGGCGGCCUGGUGUACGGGGGCGGCCUGGUGUACGGGGGCGGCCUGGUGGAUAGGGGCGGCCUGGUGUACGGGGGCGGCCUAGUGUACGGGGGCGGCCUGGUGUAUGGGGGCGGCCUGGUGGAUGGGGGCGGCCUGGUGUACGGGGGCGGCCUGGUGUACGGGGGCGGCCUGGUGUACGGGGGCGGCCUGGUGGCGGGGGGCGGCCUGGUGUACGGGGGCGGCCUGGUGUACGGGGGCGGCCUGGUGUACGGGGGCGGCCUGGUGUACGGGGGCGGCCUGGUGGAUGGGGGCGGCCUGGUGUACGGGGGCGGCCUAGUGUAUGAGGGGGCGGCCUAG